AUGAUGAUCAUCUUCUUGUUCUAUUGUUUCCUUCCUUCUCUUGCUUUCUUCUUCACUCUCAAGCUCUUCGUUCAAAAUAAGAAGUUCAAAAACAUCCCACCUGGUCCACCUUCUCUUCCCAUUAUGGGCAACCUCCACCAAAUGAAAAAGCCACUUCAUCACGCCUUUCACCGGAUUUCUCAACGUUAUGGCCAAAUCUUUUCUGUUUGGUUUGGCUCUCGUCUCGUGAUCGUUGUGUCGUCGCCUUCUGCAGUCCAAGAAUGCUUCACCAAAAACGACAUCGUCCUGGCAAAGCGGCCCCGCGUUCUCCUCGGUGAGCAUAUUGGCUACAACUCCACCACCUUAGUGUUCACUCCCUGCGACCACUGGCGCAACCUCCGCCGUAUCACGGUGGAAGAGGUGCUCUCGAACCACCAUCUCAACAAAUUCUUGGAAAUGCGAAGAGACGAGGUGAAGCGCCUGGUGCAAAAACUUGUUCAAGACUCAAAUAAUACGGUGUUCGCCAAAGUGGAGAUGAAAUCAAGAUUUUAUGAGUUGACCUUCAACAAUAUGAUGAGAAUGCUUUCUGGCAAAAGGUACUGGGGAGACGACAAUGAGGUUGUGGAUGUGGAAGAGGCCAGAAAGAUUCGAGAGAUUAUAAAACAACUAGUGUCUCUAGGAGGGGUAAAUAACAUUGCAGAUUUCUUGCCCAUACUCAGGUGGUUUGAUUUUGGUCACUUGGAGAAGAGGCUCAAGAGUUUUGCCAAGAGAGCCGAUGGGUUCUUGCUAGGUCUCAUUGAUGAGCAUCGAAAUGCAAAGCGGAGAGCAAAUACUAUGAUCGACCAUCUUUUGAGUCUCCAAGAAUCACAACCUGAGUACUAUACAGAUCAGAUUAUUAAAGGCCUCAUUUUGGUCCUGGUCUUUGCUGCAACGGAUACCUCAGCCGUAACUUUAGAAUGGGCAAUGUCUAGUCUAUUAAACAAUCCUCAUGUGUUGGAGAAAGCGAAAAAAGAAAUAGACACUCAUAUAGGACAAGAAAGAUUAAUCGAUGAGCGAGACAUCUCAAAACUACCAUACCUACAAAGCAUCGUCUCUGAAACACUUCGAUUACAUACUGCAGCACCAUUGCUGAAUUCACACGAGGCUUGGAAUGAUUGCACCAUUGCAGGAUACAAUGUUCCGCAUGGAACUAUUGUGUCAAUCAAUGCUUGGGCCAUCCAUAGAGAUCCCCAAGUGUGGAGUGAUCCCACAAGUUUUAAGCCAGAGAGAUUUGAGAAAGAAGGAGAAGCAAACAAGCUAAUUACAUUUGGGUUGGGAAGACGAGCAUGUCCUGGAGAAAGUUUAGCUCAACGAACAGUGGGCUUGACUUUGGGAUUGUUGAUUCAGUGCUUUGAAUGGAAACGAGUAAGUGAGGAAGAAAUUGACAUGACAGGAGGAGCAGGAGCCACCAUGCCAAAAGUUAUUCCUCUGGAGGCCAUGUGCAGAGCACGCCAUCCAGUCAUUAACAUGGUUCUUUCUUAA